CAAAAACGCCAUUUUUUUAAGCAACAAAAGAGAAAGAAGAGAGAUGGUUGGGUUCAAAUGCAUUGACUUGUCGGCGCUCCCCACCGAUACGGAGGGUUUUUACGCGACCAACAACCAGUUCCAGAAAAGAGGUCCCAAGGGUUUCAUCCAAGUCAAGGUUCUCGACGACGACAAGCUUUACGUACGCGUCGACUUGCCCGGCGUUCCAGACGACGCCGUCCACCACAGGAUCGACGCCGUUAGGCAAAAGGUGGUGUUUUUCUCCGCGGUAACCUUCGACGACGGCUACGAGAAGCAGGGCGUUCGUGAGUACUCCGGAACCGCCGGUUUGGGUUGUGACUGCUGUGAGAUCGCCGGCUUGGAUGCCAAGAUGAAAGAUGGAGUCUUGAGGAUGAUUCCCUCAAGGGUCAAGGUGAAGAAGGACCACGACAACAAGUGUACCAACACUGUCCCUCCUUUCACAGGUAAAUCUGGAAGACGCGUGGAGGAACAUCCGUUUGUGGUGAAAGGUCGUAAAAGAGCAUAUGUUGGAGAACCAUUAGAUGAUGGUGGUGUUUACUUCGCUGUGGAUGUACCUGGUGUUGGUAAUGGUGAUGUUGAAGUGUUUGCUAAUGAGAGUGAAAUUAAUUUCACUGCUGAGGUCAAGAGUGUGUUCGAGCACGAUGAAAGUGGACGUCUUUACCUUGGAAGUGUCGACACUUCUUGGUCUACCCCAGCAGUUUCGCUUCUGAGUCAUGCCAUCACCGGUGCUGUAAACUUUGGUGUUCUCAAGGUUCUCAUUACCCCUCGUCCCAACACCGGCGGUAACAACGAGUAAUUCACAUAUCUAUCCUCUUUUGUUUUAUGAGUAUUUGGACUGGCUUAGUCUUGUGUGUUUUUAACUUUUGAGUUGAGACUUGAGACUGUUAUGUGUUAGUCCUGCUUUUGUGUUUUUGCUAUUAUGGAACUUAUAGUGAUUCAUGUCA